UAACGGUUUCUUACGCCCCGCCCCCAACCCUGCGUACGCGCAGGCAGCACGAAUUUUGCAUUCGCUACUCAGCACUCACUCGGUGACUACGCACACUGCAACUGCAAGGCAUUCUUACAAAGGCAUAACGAGUUCGAUAGUAAUGGAUCCAGUAAAAGAUUCAAACAACUUGAACGAGGAGCAGCCACGCCAGAGCCAGGAACCGGAGCCAUCUACAUCGACCGACUCCAAAAGAACCAGACCAAAGCGUGGAAGGCCCCGUGGUGCAAAUCGCACCCCACUGUCUUUGGAGGAAAAGCGCGCCAGGAACGCUCAAUAUGAGCGUGAAAGGCGAGAGGAGUUGGCGAAAGCCCAACGCGAACUGGCAGAGGCCGCAGGGUGUGACCCUAAUAUAACGCAGACCAACUUGAUGAUAAAUGUUAUCAUGCGAUUAAAAACUAAAAGAAGAGAACGUUUAGAAGACAUUAAACGCGUGAAUAGAAAAUUGAAGAAAAAAAUAAAAAAGCUAAAGUUGGCCCGCGAUCAGGCAGAACAAGUGGCGCCAUCAACACCGCAGCCAGGUACGACAUUUUAGCAUGACUUAUUAGAUUGGUAUUGGAGUAAAUGAUAAUAGUAAGAAUAGGCUUUGGGGUUUUUAUAUUUGUUGCUUACUGUGUUUACUUUGGUCGCAUUUGUAACACACAAUUAACUGGUGUUGAAUUUUUAGUAGCAGAGCAGGAGUCCGACGAGACUGUGUCUCCAACAAUAUUGCCUACAGAGGCAGAUCUUUCCUGUAAGUAUUAAAUUUCUAUUGGAGCAACUAUGUUUAUUUUGGUCGCGUUUGUAACACACAAUUAACUGGUGUUGAAUUUUUAGUAGCAGAGCAGGAGCCCGAUAUGCAGUGUCCAACAACAUUGCCAUCCUGCCAUGCCAUGGCAUUACCAUCGCUUGAGGAUAUAUCAUUAGAAGAUCUUUUCUGUAAGUAUUAAAUUUGUAUUGGAGCACCUAUGUUUAUUUUGGUCGCGUUUGUAACACACAAUUAACUGGUGUUGAAUUUUUAGUAGCAGAGCAGGAGCCCGAUAUGCAGUGUCCAACAACAUUGCCAUCCUGCCAUGCCAUGGCAUUACCAUCGCUUGAGGAUAUAUCAUUAGAAGAUCUUUUCUGUAAGUAUUAAAUUUGUAUUGGAGCACCUAUGUUUAUUUUGGUCGCGUUUGUAACACACAAUUAACUGGUGUUGAAUUUUUAGUAGCAGAGCAGGAGCCCGAUAUGCAGUGUCCAACAACAUUGCCAUCCUGCCAUGCCAUGGCAUUA